UUGAACUCGAAAACAAUCUAAAAUAGUCCAGAAAAAUGACUGGCCGUGGUAAAGGAGGAAAGGGACUGGGCAAAGGAGGAGCCAAGCGUCAUCGUAAGGUUCUGCGUGAUAACAUCCAGGGAAUCACAAAGCCCGCUAUCCGUCGUUUGGCUCGUCGUGGGGGAGUGAAGCGUAUUUCCGGUCUCAUCUACGAAGAAACUCGUGGUGUGCUGAAAGUAUUUCUGGAAAACGUUAUCCGAGAUGCUGUUACCUAUACCGAACACGCCAAACGGAAGACGGUUACCGCAAUGGACGUUGUGUACGCUUUGAAACGCCAAGGUCGUACUCUCUAUGGUUUCGGAGGUUCUACUGAAGUCGUUCCCGCAGCAUCAGUUGCUGCAUCUCCAGCCAAGACACCGAAAAAGGCUCGUGCUCCUAAAGGAGAGGAUAAGAAACCAAAAAAGCCAGCCACCCAUCCACCAGUGAACGAAAUGGUUCUGGCCGCCAUCAAGACCUUAAAGGAACGUAAUGGAUCUUCUCUUCAGGCCAUCAAGAAGUAUAUCGGUGCCAAUUACAAGUGUGAUGUUGCUAGGCUCUCAACUUUCAUAAAAAAAUCUUUGAAGAGUGGUGUCGAGAAAGGUAAUCUUGUGCAAACCAAAGGAAGUGGAGCAUCGGGAUCCUUCAAAAUCAAACCUAAGGAUAAGACACCUGCGGGUGAGAAGAAACCAAAGAAAGCUGCGACUGGGAAGAAACCUGCAGGGGAAAAGAAAGUCGCCAAAAAGGCAGCCACUUCUAAAACUGCUGCUGCCAAAAAGCCGAAGGAAGCACCAGCAAAAAAAGCGGUUCAGAAGAAGGCUAAAGCUGUCGUCGCCAAAACCGCCAAAAAGGCUGGAACCGUAAAGAAAGCAGCCGCUUCCAAACAGAAACCAACCAAAGCAUCGAAGACAGCAGCGAAGAAGCCUAAAACUCAAAAACCGAAAAAGGCAGCACCAGCAAAGAAAGCUGCUCCGAAGAAAGCUGCUGCCAAAAAGAACUCUUCACUGGAGAAAUAUUGUGGCCCUGAAAAGGGCCGUUUUGUUGAACCGUACACCAAAUUAUAUCAUUUAACCUCCGAAACCAUAGAGAGUACGACCUUGGCGUUUCAAAGCGUACACAACGUCCAUUGCGGUAACCGUCUUCCGUUUGGCGUGUUCGGUAUAGGUAACAGCAUCUCGGAUAACGUUUUCCAGAAAUACUUUCAGCACACCACGAGUUUCUUCGUAGAUGAGACCGGAAAUACGCUUCACUCCCCCACGACGAGCCAAACGACGGAUAGCGGGCUUUCAAUGGCUCGUACCAAGCAGACCGCUCGUAAAUCCACCGGAGGAAAGGCUCCUCGCAAACAGUUGGCCACUAAAGCUGCUCGUAAAAGUGCUCCAGCUACCGGAGGAGUCAAGAAGCCACAUCGUUAUCGACCAGGAACCGUCGCUUUGCGUGAGAUUCGUCGUUAUCAAAAGUCGACUGAAUUACUGAUCCGUAAGCUUCCAUUCCAACGUUUGGUUCGUGAGAUCGCUCAAGAUUUUAAGACCGAUCUUCGCUUCCAGAGCUCGGCUGUUAUGGCUCUGCAGGAAGCAAGUGAAGCUUAUCUGGUUGGAUUAUUCGAAGAUACCAAUCUGUCCAUUGCUAUAAAAAUGACUGGCCGUGGUAAAGGAGGAAAGGGACUGGGCAAAGGAGGAGCCAAGCGUCAUCGUAAGGUUCUGCGUGAUAACAUCCAGGGAAUCACAAAGCCCGCUAUCCGUCGUUUGGCUCGUCGUGGGGGAGUGAAGCGUAUUUCCGGUCUCAUCUACGAAGAAACUCGUGGUGUGCUGAAAGUAUUUCUGGAAAACGUUAUCCGAGAUGCUGUUACCUAUACCGAACACGCCAAACGGAAGACGGUUACCGCAAUGGACGUUGUGUACGCUUUGAAACGCCAAGGUCGUACUCUCUAUGGUUUCGGAGGUUAAAUGAUA